GCAAAGCAAAGGCCGAAGGUGAAAAGCCGUACAAUUCAGUACAGAGCUCUAUGCUUAUGGCGGCUUAGCUUCUUCACUCUUCAAAGCUUUCCUUUUGACCUUAAUUUUUUUUAUUUAACGGAACUUUGAACGAUUGAGUAAUGGGGGAAGGAGAAACGGUUUCGGAUUUCACACCGAAGAAAUUGGCGAGGCAAUUAGAUUUCACCGUGGGGUGUCUCGCGUCGGGAAGUGCGACGUUACCGGAUCACUCGAUGCAUUUACAAUCGCAGCCUCAACCGCAAUGGCAAUCUAAAACAGCGUUGCCGACAAAGCCUCAGCAGCAACCGCAGGAAUUGCAAUUGCGGUUAAGUUUACAGCCGCAAACGGUGCAAUCGCAGCCGCUGCAACAAUUAAAACAUCAGUCACCGUCAACGCUACGAGUUCAAGCACGGCCGCCGCCUCCCCCUUCGCAGCCGGUUACCUUCAUGCAACGGGUGCCUCAUCCAGUUCAGAAGCUUCCGAUACAAAAAUUUCAAUUGAGCAAGCAAGAGUCCCCGAGGUCCAGGCCACGAGCACAUGCUGAAGCAAAAGAUAGAACUCCAAAGAAACAAAAGCAGUGUAAUUGCAAAAAUUCUCGGUGCUUGAAGUUGUACUGUGAGUGCUUUACUUCUGGAAUUUAUUGUAACGGUUGCAAUUGUGUAAAUUGCCAUAACAAUGUGGAAAAUGAGGCGGCAAGGAAAGAAGCAGUUGGAGCAACCUUAGAACGCAAUCCAAAUGCAUUUAGACCGAAGAUUGCAAGCAGUCCCCACAGACCUCAGGAUAUCAGGGAUGAUGCACAUGAUGUCCAAAUGGUCGGAAAGCACAAUAAAGGAUGUCACUGCAAGAAAUCCAGUUGUCUCAAGAAGUAUUGUGAGUGCUUCCAAGCUAAUAUUUUAUGCUCUGAAAAUUGCAAGUGCAUGGACUGCAAGAACUUCAAAGGAAGUGAAGAAAGAAAAGCUCUUGUUCAUGGUGAUCAUAACUCAGCUUACAUGCAACAGGCUGCAAAUGCAGCCAUUAGUGGUGCUGUUGGUUCAUCUGGGUUUGGGAUUCCUUUGGCAUCCAAGAAAAGAAAAAGUGAAGAACUCGUAUUUGGUCUAGCAGUGAAAGAUAAAUCUGGUCAAAAAGUUAUUCAACAGCAACAGGAAAAUCAUCUAAAAGAUCUGUUGGCCGCAUCUUCUCCAUUAUCUGCUACUGUCUCUGGCACUGCUAAUACUGCAUCACUGGGAUCUUCAAAAUUGACAUACAAAUCACCAUUGGCGAACAUCCUCCAACCACAGGAUGUAAAGGAUCUGUGCUCCUUUUGGGUGGUAGUUUCAUCUGAAGCUGGAAAGGCACUUGCUGCAGAGAAAAGUUGCAAAAAGGAUCAACAAACAGAGGGAGGCUCUAUUCAAACUACUGUUUCAUCUGGUCAUGUGCAUGAAACGAGUCUGAAGGUUAGUAGUGUCCCGAGCGCUGCUUCUGAUGACUGUAAGAGUGCGAACCAGGGAGACACAGAUAGAAAUGGUGACACUGGAGCAAAUGAGAACGAUGUGCAAAAUGGAAGGCCUUUGUCUCCUGGAACAUGUGCAUUGAUGUGUGAUGAAGAAGAUACAAUGUUUGUGGAAGCGAAGUCACCUAAUUUAUUGACAAAUCAUUCUCGAAAUAUUACUCAGAAAUCAUCAAAUGGGCACGAGUACACAGAGAUCUAUGCAGAGCAGGAAGGGCUUGUUUUAACAAUGUUUCGUGAUUUUCUCAAUAAGCUCAUUACUUGUGGGAGCAUAAAGGAGACAAUGAGGUCUCCAAGACAAGAAUCCAUGGGAAAUGGUGCCAUAAAAUCCGGAAAUCCAGUAGUGAAGGAGCCUUAUCCUAAUGGAAUUGUAAAGUCUCCGAACCCAGCACCUGUACAAACAGGUCAGACUCUCCGUUCAGCAUCUUCUGCUUUGAAUACAGAUCAGCCCUUAAAGCACUAAUUGCCCAAUGGAGAUGCGAAAAUGUAGAGAUUCAGAGCUCGAAUUAGCGAGUAAGAUAAUUCUCACUAUCAACCAGCAUUCUUUCUUUAUGUUUCACCAUCUCCCUGCUUUUGAUUCUUGGAUCUGUUAUUGGGUCCAAAUUCUAAUAUUGUUAAGAGUUAACCAUGAUAGCUAGACACUUUAGACCCUUACCAUCUUAGAACAUUAGGAACAGGUAAAGUAAUUAUCUUGGAUUAUUUUUGGGGAUGUCAUGCUAGUACAUACAGGGUAAUGAAAUCUCAGUUAAAACCCUCAAGUUGUAUAUUUCUUAAUAACGUUAGUUAUACAGGAGGGCACUGUGUAUCCGAUCUCGACAUGAUUGGUCAGGUGUUUACCAUUUUAACUGUUAUAAAUCGGUUGUUUUACAACAAUAUGUGUGCAUCGGAGUAGGUACUUUGUUGAUGUUUGGGUGGGGUUUCCGAGCAACUUCCUAAACUGGCAGGUUA